AGAGAGAGAGAGGAGAGCAGGAAAGGAAGCACCGCGUUCAAGGAUAUUCUUCUUUCGUUUCCAACAUUUGGUGACUUUAUCAACAAGUUCCUGCGCCUUUAUUGCGCGUCGUGUGCGUGAAGAACUAUGGCAGCCCGGCGCGCUUUAAAUUUUAAAUGCAGGCAGGAGGAGACGACGGGGACAGAAAUGUGUGCCUUCUAGCUGGAACUGCCCGAGGAGAUGUUCACAUCUGACGAAAUGAACGAUUCAAAUCAGCUUUUUGCUGCUCUGAGUCUCUACAGCGGCUGACAGAUGUCUGCUCGGUCUCACAGCUAAAUACCAGAACAGUGUUGUUUUUGAUAUUUUUUUUAAGUUAAAUCUGUGCAAUCAGAAUUUGUGGGGAUAUAGAGGGUCUAUCACGUUUUCCUCCUUGAGAAAAUUGCCUGGGUGAGAGAGUGGAGUUGAGCUAAUUGUAGCCUAAUCCCCGGCCCAGAGGCGCUCCGACAGCCCGGAGCGAGAAUUUUCUUUUUUAGCUCUGCGCUCUGUUAUUUAGAGACGGAUUAUUGGCUUUCUUCUUCUCAUAACAAACCACGGAGGCAGUUUCAUUUAGGCAAAAAAAGACAAGAAGAAACCGAAGCGGGAUUUCAACAAGCGCGCACUUUUUUUCCUUUUUGUUUUACGCGUAAUUCAACUAAGAAGUGGAAGGAGAUCAUCUCAUCUAAUGUUCAAGGAGGGAAGAAGCAUGUCACGGCUGUCUCUGACCCGGUCCCCGGUCUCUCCUCUGGCCGCUCAGGGGAUCCCUCUGCCGGCUCAGCUGACCAAAGCGAACGCCCCGGUGCACAUUGACGUCGGGGGCCACAUGUACACCAGCAGCCUGGCGACCCUCACCAAGUGCCCAGACUCCAGAAUCAGUCGUCUGUUCAAUGGCACUGAGCCCAUCGUGUUGGACAGCUUGAAGCAGCACUACUUCAUAGAUCGGGACGGCGAGAUAUUCCGCUACAUUCUCAGUUUCCUCAGGACCAGUAAAUUACUGCUUCCAGAAGACUUCAAGGACUUCCACCUGCUGUAUGAGGAGGCGCGCUAUUACCAGCUGACACCCAUGAUCAAAGAGCUGGAGCGCUGGAAGCAGGAGCGAGAACAGCGACGGAUGGCCCAGCCCUGCGACUGCCUUGUAGUUCGCGUCACGCCCGACUUGGGCGAGAGGAUUGCGCUGAGUGGGGAGAAGGUGCUUAUCGAGGAGAUCUUCCCAGAGACUGGAGACGUUAUGUGUAAUUCAGUCAAUGCCGGCUGGAACCAGGACCCAACACACGUCAUCCGCUUCCCCCUCAACGGCUACUGCAGGCUCAACUCUGUCCAGGUUCUGGAGCGUCUUUUCCAGAAAGGUUUUAACGUGGCAGCAUCUUGUGGAGGUGGUGUAGACUCCUCCCAGUUCAGUGAAUACGUGUUGUGUCGGGAGGACCGGCGAAGUCUCUCCAUCAACACGCCCAUCAGGAUAAAACAAGAACCCCUGGACUAGAGCACUCUGGGAGAGGGACUGCUACCCCACGCACCCUCCAUCUUCUGACGCCACCCCACCCCAUGACUCCACCCAAUUCCGCACCCUCCCAACCCUAACAGGAUUACAUCCUCCUGAAAUACCCCUGAGAUCCCACUGAGAAAUAUACCUAAGUCUUAGCAGAGAUUGUUAUCUUCAGCAUCUCUGCAGAACUCUUAAGGGGAAUGUAGUACCAAACGCGGGAAAAAAGAAAAAAAAAAACACGCAACAGCAACAAGAGUUUUUGAUUAUGUUAAAUAACACCCAAAGAAUCUGAGAAUCAACAAAAACAAGUGGGCUGCUGUUGAGCCCACUGACCAGUUGACUCUUCUCUCAUUGUCUUACAGUUUGGUUUUUAUCCCCUUAUGAAGUUGUCAGAACCAUUUUGGAAGGAUUGCAACCCUCCACCUCCCUUCUUAAAUCUCAGUCCACCCAAUGAUCUCCAUGCGUGACAGACCAUCUGACGUGGAGGAGGCCCAGCCCGGUGUAGGACAAGAAAACUUUGCAGAUGAAACACUUUAAAGGAUGAUGGGAAGAAGACGUAAUCCAGUCUCAACAGUCCCAGUUGACAUGAACCCAUGACCACCCGCCUUUAUCCCUCCUCUCCCCACAGGCCUCACAGGCCAAAAUCAGCAGCAUUUACCAAAUUUUGGAUUUUUUUUCCCCUUCCUCUGUUGUUUGUAAAGUACAUUGUACUUGCUCCUGUUGCUGUUCUUCUGACAUGAUAUAAACAAUUAAUAUUAAUAGGAUUAUUUUUAAUUUCUUUUUCUGCCCCUUUCUCCAACAUGAAGGAUCUAUGAAAGUUGUAUUCAUUUAUUAGGCCUCGAGAGCUUACGAGGGAGCAUUUCUUGGCAGUAGCUGCAGAAGCUCAGAUGUCUGCAGGCUAUGUGGCUAAAGCGAUCUGGUUGGCAAAGUAUUCAGAGCCGAAAAAAGUCCCAUUGUAGAAACAGGGAUUUGAGAGAACCUGGAUAUUUUGACAUUGUUUGUACAACAAAAUGUGUUGCGUACAUUUUGUUUUUAAAAAUAUGGUGCUCUGUAAUUUUUGCUUAUUAGCUUUGAAUCAUAUUUGAAAUUGGAUUCUCCAACAGCAGCACAGAUACAUUUGUGAACGUUGGAAGCAAUCGUGUGGAAUUGCACAAGCUCUACAUGUACUACAGUUUUGUUGUGGUAGAAUGUUACUUGAGGACCAACGUGGAAAGUCGACGUUUACCAGUAUGUCUCAGCAAUCAACAUGAGAUGUACUCUAAAUGCUUAUCGUUUCUUUGCACUUAAACAUUUUUCAGUGUUGAGCACAGCUAACCUAAAAGUUAGCUCUGAUAACCACUAGCCCACUAACUGAAAAUUUUUAUAAUGUUCAGAUGAAUCUUGCCGUGUAUUUGAAGAAUAAAAGCUAACUGUGAUACGUUAGAGUCACAAACUGCUAAAACAUUUAGUUGAAGCUACCGUUAACUGCCAAUCACAAAAUUGAAUUCUAUUAAUUUUGCUUUACCUUGGGGUUUGUGUCUUUUUGGCUCUAAAUCCCUGAAAAACAGACCUAAAGAUCUAAAAUUUUAAUAUGUUGAAGUGUAAACCUGGAGGUUCCCAACAAAGUUCAUAGCAAGAUCAAACGAUGAUCAACAUGUAUAUAAACAAUUAAAUGAACGAAUGAAAUCAAACAGUACUUUCCAUUUACCAUACAGUUUACUCACACUACAGACAAGAUUAAAAGAACAAAAAAUAAAAUUACACAUGGAAAAUAAUAGAUUAAUGUAUCUACCGUGGCUUGACCCCCUGCUCCUUCAUCUCCUUACGUUACGGUCACAUUAGCUACAAAUGGUGACUAGUAGUUUGAAAUUUGUCUCUUGCUGGAUAUUCUGGGGGCGUGGCCAGCUCAUGGUUACUUGGCAUUAAUGUGUUCAUUUAAUGAUGAAGGAUCGAAAAACGCAACACUAUCACUAGGAGGUUUUCCCCUCUAUGCUUGUCUGUUUAAUGGAACCCAAGUUUCCUUGAUUUGUUUCAGUCCAGUGUCUUUCACAGUGACGCUCCUGUGUCGCUACUUAGUAUGCUAACACAUAAGAUAUGCUGUAAAUCACUUCAGAAGUGUUACAAAAAGUCUUUUAAGAGUUAGAAGUGGUUAUUUCUUGCUAACCUUUACAAAAUAUAUGAGGGAAAAUGCCAAACAUUUUAGACAGAUACAGCUGUUUCAGAGUGUUUUCCGCCAUCUUGGAUUCUUUUGUUCAAACAGUUGAUGUGACGCUGCCAUUUCACUCAGAUUGGCAGUGGCUGUAUCGCAUCUCUCAGUAUUUGCAUGAAAUAGGCUUCUCGUCUAUUUUGGCCCCAACUAGCUGGUACCAUAACGAUUGGCCACUCUCACUGAAAAUAAAUAGCAAGGCGUCACUUUGCCUCUGUCGCUUGUAGUUAACGUGACUGUAGGGUUGAGAUGAUGCUUGUUGCCUUCAUGCGAUGUGUCAGUCUUGCGUACUGGAUUAGUGUAUAAACUCCAACGGGAGCAAAGAUGUAUGCUUUUGUAUGCUGAUGUAUGCUUUUGACCGUUUUAAAAAAUGUUAGCUGACUUAAAGUUAAUUAAAAUGAAUUAGUGGAAGCUAACUAGUGAGCUAAUGGUUUUCAAAGUUAGCUGGAAAGCUAAAUCAUGAACAAACAAACAAAAAAUCAGUUAGCUUCGCUAAUUAGCUUUUAGCUGAACUGUGCUCACCACUGACAUUUUCCCUUCCCUGCACCUUUGAUACUGAACCUAGCACUAAGUGUCAAAUCAAACUGUUUCCUCAUUUAUUAAGAGAUUGUGGCAAAAAAGUGCCAAAGCAGAAAUGCCACCUAUUUUGUUGUUUAUAAUGAGGUGCAUAAUAACGAGGUUUAUAAAAGAAACAAUGCAUUUGUCAAAACCGUAUGAAGGAUACCAUUGUCAACCCCCCCCACCCCUGCCUGCCGUUUUGACAGUUUUAAGAAUAGCUCGCUAUACCUUCCGACCAAGUUUGAUUCUGAGAGCCAAAAGCUGUUUGUUCCAGUAUUGUCACUUCUAAGCCAAGAUUAUUUCAACAGUUCUUCACAUGUAUGUGUGGCAGAAACCAAAGUGAACUGUCCUCGGAGCAUCGGCGUGUUAUUCACAAAGAGGCGAGUGGGCGGCAUUUACACCAUCCUGCUCUCAUUCUUUUGGUCUCAUUCUCAACAUCUCUGGAUCAAAGACAGAAACAAGAAAGGCCAAGUUUUCAUGCUUUAUAUUUGUGUCUAACUUACAGAUGCUGUUUCUUGCACUCCAACAGACUGAUAAAAAAGAAGCUCAUUCUGAUUCUUGUGGGCGGUGGCAGUUGUGCGAGUUAAACUGGAGCUGUUUUUAUAAACUCGUUGAAAUGUGUUCAUUAAAAAUGGGCGGUAGUUCGUUUCUGUCUCUCUGGAUGGCUGCUGAUUAAACAAGGCCAAAGAGUGGAUAAAGAUGAGCUUGGUGUAGCUCCCAGCCCUCCCUCCAUCUCACAAUCAAGCUCAUCUUUAUUCUGACCUGCACCUUUGCAUUCAGUCACCUCAAAGGGAAUGGUCAACCACGCCUUUCAUGUCCUCCCCCUUGUCGAAAGGCUUCUGGCUCAGUGGUGCCACUAGAAACGGGGUUCGCCCCC